AUGGGUAUCCUUAGCAUGUUCCCACCAGAGAUUAUCUUCAAUGUCCUAGACGAGAUCUUGGGGAGCUCUCCCAGAUUGACACACGAAAGCUUCCAUGCCAUUAACCAGCUGAUGCGAACUAACAAAACACUAGAACAAUACAUCAAACUCGGAUGGAUGGGUAGUAAUGUGCCGAACAGUUUCAAGCAGCGUGUUAAUGCCGUCCAGUGGUACCCUAACGUCGAUAUUGCGAAAACAGCUCUAACCCUCCAGGGCGAAGACCCCGAACAGUCCAUGCCCAUCGCAGGCCCCCACGGCGUAGGCCCUGAUCUCAUUACAGGCAUCAUUUUCGACGCCUGUACUGAUUGCUUUGAGUGGUUCUCCGAAGUGCUGCCUGGUACUCAUAUGAGCUGUUGCAACGAGGGCGGUUGGUCAUUCCUUUCUCUGGCACUGUACGCCCAGGCUGAGAAGCUACUUGAUCUUUUCUUCCUCUCGGGCUUCCCUCGCGAACCGAAGAACUUUAUCAUCGGCAGUGCUAAUGCUAUGGGGACAGGACCGUCUAUCCUUGGGAUGUCUGCCUCAUCUAGGGAUCAUCAGUCUUUCGCCAAGCUCUUCAAGAAACUGAAGUCAGUUUUGAACGGGCACGGCUUUCAGAAGACUCUUAGAGAUAAACUCACGCCCAAGGAGCGAGCGUCUAUCCGAAGUGUUGCUCCUCAAUAUCUCCAGAAGAUGUUGUAUGAAGCUGGUCUAGUCACUAUGCAUCCGGCUCUCCGUUAUAGUCCAUACUACUCUGGUAAGCGUACCCUGAUGUACUAG